AAAUUAAAUGUUUGGAGAUACAUUUGAAACAAUAGAGGAUUAAUUAAAUCCACAAAUAACAACAUAUGAAACAAGAAUGGCUAGAAAUUGUGCGGAUUAGAUGGAAUUACCUGAGCUUGAAAGAAUAAAACAUUUUGCUGGUUUGAAGAAUUAAGGUGCCACAUGUUACUUGAAUAGUUUGAUUUAAUCUUAUUACAUGUGUCCUGAGUUUAGAAAAGUGAUAUUGUAAUUACCUUUAUGUAAGGAGACAAUAGAAGAUUCAGCAAAUUUGGCAUAAAAUGAGAGCAGGAAUAGAUUUUUAUUGGAGUUUUAGAAGUUGUUUAUUUAAUUGUAGGAUUUACAAUCGAAAGCAACAUCAACAGAAGCAUUAACAUCUAGUUUUGGUUGGAAUGAUGGUCAAUAAAUGUGGUAAUAGGAUGUAUCAGAUGCAAAUAAGUAAAUAUGAUAUAAUAAUAUAAAAAGAGUAUUAUUUGAGACACUUGAUCGAUCAUUAUAUGGUACUCCUUAUGUAAUAGCACCAUUUUACAAAGGAGUAGUAUUUCAUCAUAUAACUUGUUUGAAUUGUAAUAAUUCUCAUGGUAAUGAGGAGAUAAUAUAUGAUUUGAAUAUUUAGGUGGAGGGAAAUAAAAAUAUAUCAGAAGGAUUAUUUGGUUAUAUAAAUCCAUUUUUAUUGGAUGGAAAUAAUUAAUAUUUUUGUGAGAUAUGUGGUAUGAAGGUAUAUAAAAUGGAAUAUAAAAAUGAUAGGUAGAUGCAUUAAAAGGAGAUAAGAUACGUAAAUUACCACCAAUAUUGACUAUAACAUUAAAUCGAUAUACUUUUGAUUUUGAGAAGAUGCAAAGAAUAAAAUUAAAUGAUAGAUUUGAAUUUCCAUUAGAAUUGGAGAUGGGAAUAUAUUUGGAGAAUCCAGUAGACAAUUUAAUAUAUGAAUUAUAAGGAAUAAUAAUUCAUAGAGGUAAUGCACAUGGAGGACAUUAUUUUGCUUACUUUAGAGAUUUAUUAGAUGAAGGAGAUUGGCAAUCACAUAUAGCAGAAUAUUGGUAAGAGAAAGAAGAUAUUAAAUAAUAAAAAAAGAAUGUAGAUGAAGUUGAUUAUGAUGAAGUUUAAUUACCAUUUGAAAUUACUAAUCCUAAAGUAGCUUAGGGAUGGUAUAAUUUUAAUGACAGUUCAGUUAUUCCUAUACCUGUUAAUAAAAUAUAAUAGUAAUAUUAAGGAUCAGAGAGUGCAUACAUUCUGAUAUAUAGAGAUAGAAAUUUAAUACCAUCAAAAUUAUCUAGUGAAUAAAUCCCUAAAUAUCUUUAUGAUUAUGUUAAUCAAUUAAAUUAAAAGAUUUUAAAAGAAAGAUUAGAAUACGAAGAAGCUAAAAAACAUAUCAUUAUAACUGUUACAGAUUCUUCAGUUGUUGAUUUAACUAAUCAUAAACUACUUGAUGAAAAAUAUGAUAAAAUUACAUACAAAUUAAAGUUAUCAUCUACAGUUUCAGAAUUAUAUUCAUAGAUUAAUAAACAUGAAUAUUAACUUUUAGAAUUCUAAGAAAAUUAUUAAACCAAAUUAUUACAUUUCCCAAGAUAUCUAUCAAAUCUUAAUAGCACAUUAGAAGAAGAAAAAGUUGGUCAUCAAUCUACUUGGGUUUUAAUUAAAAAAGAUUUAGAUAUUCCUUAAGUGGGAUUAUAAAAAGUACCUUAUAAACUUAAUUUGAUUAUUAAUAACAAACCAUAAGCUUUUCUUUUAUAUACUUCUACAACUUUAUUAGAAUUAAAAUAAUUAGUAUUUGCUUUAACUGGUCUGAAUGAAACAGAAUAAGAAUUAAGAAAUGUAUAAAAUUAAAAAAUAAUAUCUGAUUUAUCUAAUGAAACAUAAUUGGGUGAGUUGUAAUUAACACUUGAAACAUAGAUUUUGGUUAAGAAGAAGGCUUAAGUUUAGAAUGUAAGUAAGAAUGAUAAUAAGAAUGAGAAGGAUUAAAAUUAAUAAGUUGGAGAUGAUAUAGUUUCAAUUAUUGCUGAAAAAGAAGAUUAAGUUGGAGUUUCUAAAUUUUGUAAUUAUUUUCUAAAUAUGUUUUAGAUGUUAAUAUUAAUUAGACAGUGUAAGAAUUAAUAGAAUUUUUAAAAGAAUAAUUUGGAAUAAAUGAUAUUUGUAGAUUAAGAAAUCUAAAUGGAUCAAUAUUAUUUUGCAAAAGUGAUCUUCCAAUUUAAUUGAAGGAAUUUCAAGAUUUUAGAGAAGGGUAAAUUAAGAUUGAAAUUAUUAUAGUGGAGCAAGAUUACAAUUAGAGAAAGGAGAAGUUCCUGAAACUGGAAAGAUAUCACUUAUAAUAAAGUAUAAAGAAUAGAAUUUAGAAAUACAUGUUAAUCCAAAAUUAGAUAAAAUUGAAUCAAUUAAAAUAGAAUCAUGCAAAUAAUUUAAUGUUGAACCUACUUAACAUAAAUUGUAUAAAGUAGAUUGGUUAUAAGUACCAUCAGAAGGAUUAAGUGAUGAAAAUAAAACUAUUACUUAAUGUUAUUUAAGAGAUAGAGAUUUACUUAUAUUAUGUGAUAAGUCUGCUUAAAUUGAUUGUGAACUAAUAAGGUUUUAAAUAUAUUCUACAAUUACUGGUUAUCCUGAUGAUUGUGUAUUUUAAAGACAUGAAGCUAUGAGAAAGGAUGCUACACUUAAAGAUUUAAAACAAAUGAUUAUUUCUACUUUUGAAUUAAAUAUAGAUAUUGAUCAUUUGAGAGUUAGAGAUAUCAAUAAAAAUAGAUUCUUUGGAUAAGUAUUUAGAAAAUUAGAUUUACCUUUAUAAAAGUAUUAAUUCUCUACGAAUGACAUUGUAUAUUAAGUAUUGACUAAACCUGAAAAUUUAUAAGAUGAUGAAAUGCUUUUAUUAAUUAAAGAGAGAGAUCCUAUUAAUAGAAUAUAUAAAUAACAAUAAGAAUUUAUAUUUAAAGUUUCCAAAACUCCAACUUUAAAAGAAUUAAAAGAGUAAAUAUAAGUAUUUGUUGGAAUUGAUAAAGAAACUUAAAUUGAAUUAGCUAAGUUUGUUUUCUAUGAAUUUUAAUGGUUACACAUUAAUCCUAAUAUUAUUUCAAAGUAAUUAUAAGGUAAAGGUAAGUAAGGUAAUAAAUAAGGAAAUCAAAAUAACAAACAAGGUAAAAAUAAUCAAUAAUAAUAAUAAUAAUAAUAAUAAUAAUAAUAAAGUGCUUGUGAAAAUUUAAAGAAAAACCCAAUAAAUUUAGGAGAAGGAGGUAAUGUUUAUUAAAUUAUAUUUGAUUAGAUUUUAUUGGGUUUAGAUUAGGCAAUUAUCCAAAGGAUGAUUUCUAAACAAAAGAAGAUAAUGAUGUAUAUUUAUGAUAUAUUUAUAAUUUGAUUAGCUAAGAGAGAGAAUGAUUGCUGCUCGUAAAAAUAAGCAUAAUGCCUUAGGACCUAUUAAAAGACAACAAGAAGUAGGAUUUGUUGUAGAUAUUGAAUGAGAU